AUGUCGUCCGUCCCUGUGCCGCCAACGCCGGCAUCGGUAUCGAAGCUUCUGACACUCAUCUUAACGACGUCGCCAACGCCCUCAGCCCCCUCAACUGAGCUCCUGGACGCCGUAUUUCAAUCCAUCCGCCUCCAUUGUGUCGACCUGCUGGAAUGCCGCAUCAUUGUUGUCCUCGAUACCUAUGAGCGCAUUGGUGAAGCCGCUAGGUUGAAGAAAGGGCAAGUCACAGAAGAAGGCGCCAAGGAAUUUUCCACAUACAAGGACAACGUGAAAGAUCUGGUAUUGGGAGUGUAUGGUCAACUCGACAGCAAGGAUGAGUUGAUUCGAGAACAAGGGGAAGCUGAAUAUGGCUACAACGGUCGAGCAGCAUCCGUCACAACAAAUCUUGCAACGUACACCGUGAGCCGGACGCAAGAUUAUCGGGUUUCCUUUGUGGAGCCAUCAGAGAGGCUGGGCUUCGGACUGGCUGUGCGAACGGCUCUGCGUAUAACAAAAACGCCCUACGUUUGGAUUCAUCAGCAUGACUGGACACUCGUCUACGACAUACCAGUGGCGCCAAUGCUUGAUGUCAUGAAGACCAAGGACGCAGAUGAAGAGGGGCCCGUGAAGUACCAUCAGUCCGAAUGCUGCAAUAUGCCGAGACUGCCCAUGUGCAAGACUUUCCGCAUUUACGGGCAUUGA